AUGGGGUCUCUUUUCUCUCUAACAUUGAUAUUACUUUCAUGGGUAUCAUUGCUCUCGACGGAAGCUGAAGCCGAGGGGAUCAAAUCAGCUUCUCUUCUAGAUCUUCUCAUUAGGGACUACAUAGUGAAGUCCUUUGACAGGCAUUUGAAAACAUGCAUUGAACAAACUAUAAAUCUACCUGCGAAUUUCUCCGGCAUCGAAAUCGAUACAACAAGGUUUAGAUGUGGAAGCCUUCACAGAUAUGGUGCACAAGUUAAGGAAUUUUAUCUGGGGAGAGGCGUGAAUGUGCAUCCCUGUACAGAGAGAGUCGUGGUAGUUAGACAAAACUUGGGUUCUAAUCGGUCAUCCAUCUACUAUAACUAUGAUAUUUCAGGUUACUAG